AUGAUCUUCAAUGAAGUUUUAAGACUAUAUCCGUCGUUUCCAGUGCUUAUGAGACAAACUCAUGAAGAAACAAAACUUAGGGAGUUUAAUAUUCCUGUUGGGGUGAUUUUUACUUUACGAGUAUGGAUGUUGCAUCGUGAUCCCAAAAUAUGGGGUGACGAUGCAAGUGAAUUUCGACCAGAGAGAUUUAAGAAUGGAAUUUCAAAUGCAACUACAAAAGAAGGCCAAUUUGGUUUUUCGCCAUUUGGAUAUGGGGCUCGGACAUGCAUUGGACAAAACUUUACAAUGGUAGAAGCAAAAUUAGUGUUGGCAAUGAUUUUGUAG